CACUGCAAAGCCCAUCCCUGUCAUCGCCGGAAUCACCUUCGCCGGCUUCGUAGAAUUUGAGCCAGUUCAUCUUUAUACUUACAAUCCAAUCCGAAAUAAAUACAUACAGCCUUUUUAGCUAUCUCUCCCGACUGCAUCUGAGAAGCGGGUCGAAACUCUGAACCCUAGUCGGAACCGAAUUUGGGAUGGCGGAAAGCGUCGUCGUCGAUUAUGGGUCCCGAAACAGCUCCUGUGGAUACUGUAAAUCGGGCGGUCCCACCAGUGCAUCUCACGGAUUAAUGGCUAUCAGACUGAGUGUUGAUGACUAUCAAGCUCUUCUUGAUAGGGGGUGGAGAAGGUCGGGAUGUUAUUUGUAUAAGCCUGAGAUGGAAAGCACAUGCUGCCCAUCUUAUACCAUACGCAUCAAAGCUGAUGAUUUUGUUCCAUCCAAAGAGCAAUGCCGAGUAACGAAACGGAUGGAAAGGUUUUUGGAAGGCAUAUUAAGUAAACAACCACAAGAGUUAAUGGACUCUCCAACUACAUCUGAAGCAAAGGAGCCUCAUCCAAAUGUCGGCGAUGAAAAAAACCAUUCUGAGCAGUUUAUGCAUUAUCUGUCGGAACAGAUUGACAAUUCUGUUCAAACAUGUGUUCAACAUGGUGAGAUUCCCUCCGAUGUCCAGUUACCAAAAGCAUCCAUUAAAAAAGUUUCACCAGCUACUAAAAGAAAAUUAUCUGCUCAAGGAGUUGAAGAAGAACUCUUAUUUACCAGCAACAUCUCUUUCCAGAUUGUUUCUGUUUUAAGGAGAACCAAAAAUGAUUCUGGAUCAGGAAGUGAAUGUUCUGCCCAACUGACUGCAAAUGAUGUUGCAGAAAAACUAUCUAACCGUUUAAAUCAAUUGAAACUGUCAUAUGGUUUUGCUACUAAAGCUUGCAAUGGUCACAUUAAUUUCUUUUCUUCCAGCAAAUGUUUAAAUCCGGUCAAUGCUCCAGAAAGUGAGAAAGCCAAAAGGUGUACUAAAAGAGGGUAUCUAGAGAUCAAAAGACACAGACUUGAAAUUCGUCUCAAGCGGUCUACUUUUGAUCCUGAAGAAUAUUCAUUGUACAGAAGAUACCAACUCAGAGUGCAUAAUGACGAACCAGACAAGGUCACAGAGAGUUCUUACAGAAGAUUCUUGGUUGAUACACCCUUAGUUUUUGUUCCUCCUACAGCUGACAGAAGUGUUCCUCUUUGUGGGUUUGGAUCAUUCCAUCAGCAAUAUUUGAUUGAUGGGCAGCUGGUUGCUGUUGGUGUGAUAGAUAUCCUUCCAAAGUGCUUGUCUAGUAAAUAUUUAUUUUGGGAUCCCGAUUUCGCCUUCUUGUCUCUGGGUAAGUACUCAGCCCAGCAAGAGAUUAGGUGGGUUAAAGAGAAUCAAGUGCAUUGCCCGAGUCUCCAGUAUUAUUAUCUUGGCUAUUACAUCCAUUCCUGCCACAAAAUGAGAUAUAAAGCUGCUUACAGACCGUCUGAGCUUCUCUGCCCUCUUCGCUAUACGUGGGUUCCAUAUGAGAUUGUAAAACCACUGCUAGAUAGAAAACCCUGUGCAGUUCUUUCUGAUUAUACCACCCAAGAUGGAGGGCCAUUGCCACCCAGUCUGCUUGAAAGUAAUGCUGAGGAACAAUGUGAUGAUCAAGUUCCGGAGGGAUCAAAUGAUGUAUUUGUCGAGGCAGAUGAGGAAAUGGCUGAAUUUGAGUUUGAAGACAGCGAUGAUGACAGAGAGGACCAAAGCACAAGUGGUACGGUGUCGGGGGAUAUAGAAGAUGGAGAUGUUGGUGGCAUUUUAGUUGGGCUAAACGGGACUCUUUUGAGGUUCGAGGUUCUACAACAAGCAUUUGGUCCCAAAUCAAGGCAGCGUAUGACAGCGCAUUUGCAAAAAUACAGGAGAAUUGUGGGAAGAGAGCUCUCUGAGAAGAUGGUUUACUCAUUGGACUGAUGAUAUAUGUCAAUAGUCUCCCAAAAUAUGUUGUAGGCAUUUUACACUCCUCACCCCAUCUCUAUUCAUUAGGGUAGUGUUAAGGUCAGUGUCCUCUAGCCUCUGACCCUUGGCACUAGGCAUCCCUUAAGUGGUAGCUUAGAGCCGAGCGUCUAAUCUGGUAGACGGCUAAUCGGAGCCUAGUACCUAAGUUGGAAUUCUAAGAACCUUUGGAUUUAUGGGAUUUGUUUGGUUUUGUCUCUUGUUGUCUCUAAAGUGAGAAGUGUUUCUGGGAUGUCCAAAAAGAGAGAAUGAAGUUUGUCGGACGAAGAGAUUACAACUCUUCAGUUGUACAAUUGUAUUUUUGUUUCAUUUGCUUUAGCAACAGAGGCUCUAUUUGGUAGUCAAAAUUGUCUCUCAAAUGCUUGGGAGUUUUAAUCUUUGUCAUUAUAGUAAAAAAAUUGUUAACAG